AACAUUUUACGAUCCUAUUGCAAGUAAAGAUAGUGUAUGUAAGGCAGGUAAAAUGUUCAUUCUUGCAUUGUAUAAUGCCAGUGAAAAAGAAACUAAUCUCAAUAACUACCGUUAUCAAUGCUUCACGAAAAACGUAUCCAGCAGUAAAAAUGUGUUAUUAACACUUCCACCUUCUGAAGCAGCUGCGCGAGAACAUUCAUUUCGAGUUUACCAUCAAAUUCAAAUGUGGUUGGGAAAUGAUAAAUCACCAAUAGAAUGGGGCUGGCAUGUAAAAAAUGAUUUAUUAUUGCCAAUACCCUUAAAAGGUCCUUUGAUUCCCGAAAGCUUGUUAAAUUUAAUUUCGUGUAACUGCACAAAAGGUGGCACUGCUAGUUGUGGAUGCCGAAAACAUGGAUUAAAAUGUUCAAUGAUCUGCGGAUACUGUAAAGGAAAUUCUUGCCUUAAUGCGAUGGAAGCCGCAUUGACGAAGAUGAUAUUGAAUCAAUACCAGAUGAAGAUAACAACACCUCAAACAAAGAAACAGAGGAUAAAAACACCGCUAAUCAGGUGCAUUUCAGUGAUGAUCAACCUACCACUAGUGAUCAAAAACGAAUAAAAUUUCAAUAAAAUGAAGAGAUUAUUAUAUUAUAAAUAAAGUUUUGUUUAAAUUAAUAGUUUGUUAAGCAGUAGCCAGAAUUUUAAGGCAUACCUAUAUUAACCAAUAUUAAUUUUUAUUAUUAUAUACCUACCUAUAUAUAUAAUAGUUAUUUUAUUUUUAGAUAGCAAUUAUAAAUUAUGUACUCGUAACAUUAUCAUUCAAACUCAUGUCAUGAUAAUUACGAAACUAUAAACUGUUCAUUUGUAAUAGUAUAAUACAAAGUAAAAACUGUGUUAAUCACGAU